CAAGAAAUGGCAAUGACAAGUAUCCAUUGCAGGAAGGACAUGGAGGCAGCUUUAGUUGCGUUGCUGCUGUUUUGGCAUUUCGUUAUUAUUUAUGUUUAAAUUUAUAAUGUAUUGUUUUAUGAGUUACACAACUGGAGGUUAUAGCUUAUCGCUAUGAUUACAUUUGGGCUUUCAGCUCACCUUGUUAUAUUUUUCCUUCCUUUCAGAUAAUUAGCUUGGAAGGGCAGCUUGUCAAGGCUUAGUAAGCUUUUGGUAUAGGUCUUCAACACUACUUUGGCCCAAGAGCUAGAAUCCUCAUUCAUUCUACAUGGGAGUCACAAAUCAGUGAAAACAAGGGAUCAAUAAGCUUAGCUGAGGAGGAACGAACAUAAAGACAAGUAUUUAGUAAGCUCGGCAUACAAGAGUCUUUAGAGCUAAGUGAAGCAAAACAAGAUAUGUAUUUAUACAUAUGGAUACAUUAUGAAAAGUCUUUUAUGCCCAUGGUACAAGUAUAUAGAUUAACAUGUGUAAUGUAUAUUGCCAUCCCCCCACAAUUUGUGUGGGAUGACACAGCACACAUAAAUUGAUUCUUUGAGAUUUGACUUGUGGCAUUAAAAGGGCUUUGAUGAGAAGAACAUCAGCCUAUUGAUAAAAAGGAUGGAACAUAUUGAAGCACAAUCCAACCACUUGCAACCUUUUCCGUAACAAAAUGAAUGUCUAUCUCCACAUGCUUGGAUGAUUCAAGCAUGGAAGAUGAUGAUUUGUGGGAUGAAAAGAGGAAGCCCAGAAACAGUGCGAUUAGAUGGUGGAGAGAAGGGAGAGUUGUUUCCGUGGGCAAUGGAGGUGGGUAAGGCUACUUCUUGGACAACUAAGGCAUGGAUUUCACUUUCCUCUUCUAACUCAGUCAACGGAGAGAACUCGAUGGAGAGCCCAAGCAAUCCUAAUUUCUGGGAAGGCAAUGGACAUCAAAUAAGGUUUGCAGAAGAUCAGUUCCCGAGUAUUAGUCAGCAGAAUCUCCAAAUGGAGCCAGUGAGGCAAGAAUCAGAUAAACCAAUCUGUUCCAUGAUGGUUCCCUAAUGCUCAAAGAGGGUAUAGAGUCAACCUCCACUGGUCAUGGAUACAUGGAUUGCCUAUACAUCAGUGAAAGGUGACCUUGAGAAUACUGCAAAGGGUUGAGAGAGAAAAAGAAAUAGAGAGGCAUGGAAGUAGAAAAUCUGAGCCACCUCAGGGAAGCCACUGUCUUAGAGGAAAAAGGGAGACAAAACGUAGCCACUUGACCAUCAUCAAUCCUAGCUAUCCAGAGCUUGAAGAAAAAUGCGAGGGCAAUUGAGCUGAAUUCGAAAGGAGCAGGGGUGAGUAUGCAUGCGUUUUCAGUAUAGUGUUAAAAUUAUUCAUGAUAAAAAGGGAAAAAAAAAAAAAAGGACUGUUGAAAAGGAAACUGAGGAGACGUUUUCCUUAACUUUUUUGGCUGAAGAAAUUUAUUUAGAUAUU